AUGGAGGCUGCUAUGGUGAGUGUGGAAAGUGGAGGGUGCAACAGCCAUCCGCCUUACGGUUACGCACAGGCUCGGGCAAGGGAGAGGGAACGGGAGCGCGAACGGGAGCGCCAAGCACACUCCAGAUCUACCGCCGCUGAAGCUGCUUCGGCAGGAGUAGGAGUGGGGAGACACCAUCACCACCACCAACACCACCCGCAGCAGAAGCAGCAGAAUCAGUCUCGCACCGCCUCCUUGUCCCACGCUAACAGCUGUAGCGAUAGAAUCGUUUCGUGCCCCUCCUCCGCCUCCGCCUUCCAGCAGCAACACCACCACGAGCCACAACAGCAGCAGCAACUAGUCAAAGGGAAGAAAAAGCAUCAGGGUUCAGAACAGGACAGGAGAAAGAAGCGACGUCAGGGCUGCGGAGGGGGCCACUCUCGCUACUCGGAGUUGGCUCCAACUGGGUCCGAGGAAGAAAUUAUGAAAGAGGAGGAAGAAGAAGAAGAAGAAGAAGAAGAAGAAGAAGAAGAAGAAGAAGAAGAAGAAGAAGAAGAAGAAGUUGUUGACGGAGAGGAACAGACUGCAGGUGACAGGAAAAAAAGUUUUCUCUGUACCAUGGAUGAUGAACAGGAGAGGGUUUCUCUCACUGACAGACUAUCCCAGCAAGGCUAUGACUCUGUCUACAGCGAGUACGAGUGCUGCGAGAGAGUUGUCAUCAACGUCUCCGGACUGAAGUUCGAGACGCAGCUGAAAACUUUGACUAAGUUUCCUGACACGCUGCUAGGGGACGCCGAAAAACGAAUCAAUCACUUCGACCCCCGGAGGAACGAGUACUUCUUUGACAGGAAUCGACCCAGUUUUGAUGCCAUCCUCUACUUUUACCAGUCAGGCGGCAGGUUAAAGAGACCCCCCAGCGUGCCUUUUGACAUCUUCUCCGAAGAGAUCACGUUUUACGAACUCGGAGAAGAUGCAAUGUUGAAGUUCAGGGAGGACGAGGGUUUCGUGAAGGAGGAGGAGAAGCCUUUACCAGAGGACGAGUUCAAACGCCAGGUCUGGCUUCUGUUUGAACACCCAGAAAGCUCAGUGCCUGCUAGAGGAAUUGCGAUCGUUUCCGUGGUGGUAAUCCUGAUCUCCAUGAUCAUAUUUUGUUUGGAAACUUUACCUGUGUUCAGAGAAGACAACGAUUACUUAAACAGCGACAUCAACGGGACAGCCCAAGACAAUGGAUCUACACCUUUUAACGACCCCUUUUUCAUUGUGGAGACUGUGUGCAUUAUUUGGUUCACUUUUGAAAUGAUUGUUCGUUUCUAUGCAUGCCCCAGCAAAGCUGACUUCUUUAAAACCAUUAUGAACACUAUUGACAUUGUAUCCAUUUUGCCUUAUUUUAUUACUAUUGCCUCUGAUCUCGCUCAGCAGCAUCAAGGCAACGGGCAACAAGCCAUGUCUUUUGCCAUUCUGAGGAUAAUUCGUCUUGUCAGAGUCUUUCGCAUAUUCAAGCUCUCCAGGCAUUCGAAGGGCCUGCAAAUCCUCGGACAUACCCUGAGGGCCAGUCUGAGGGAACUGGGUCUGCUGAUGUUUUUCCUUUUCAUCGGCGUCAUCCUGUUUUCCAGCGCGGUGUAUUUUGCAGAAGCAGAUGAGCCCCGCUCCCAGUUCGGGAGUAUCCCCGAUGCCUUUUGGUGGGCUGUGGUAACCAUGACUACGGUCGGCUAUGGCGACAUGAAGCCUAUAACUGUCGGUGGCAAGAUAGUGGGCUCACUCUGUGCCAUAGCAGGUGUUUUAACGAUUGCUCUCCCGGUGCCGGUAAUCGUUUCCAACUUUAAUUAUUUUUACCAUAGGGAAACUGACAAUGAAGAUCAGUCACCGGUUCAGCCGUCUGCACCCACCUGCCCCUGCUUCCCCACAAACUUCCUAAGGAAGUGUAGAGGUUCCUCCUCAUCCUCUUCUUUGGGGGACAAAUCCGAAUAUGUGGAGAUGGACGAGGGCGUAACGGAGUCGCUUUGCGCAAAGGAAAACCGGAGUCAGAGCAAAGGCAAUGGCACAGAAAUAGUCAAGAAACACUGUUUGAGUCCUAGCUCGGUAGAAACUGACGUGUGAUGCGCAUUUGGAGUGAUUACCGCUUAUGCAAUGAUAAGCAUCGAAGAGACACACAAGCACAAGCACAAGCCAGCAAAUGGAAAAUAAACUGCAUACACAAUGCUAUGCUUUAUCAAUAUUAUAAGAACUAAUGCGAAUGCAGACAUAUGAGAGGUCAAUGAUGGACUGCAAAUAGAAGUUCACAUCAGAGGGCUGGGGGGAAACGUUUUGAUUUUGAUUCUCAAAGCUUCAUCCUGAACUUUUAAUUAUUUACUGUUUUGCACAGUAACUCAGUACGUUCACUGACAUCCAGCAGCUGUGUGUUUUGCUUUUUUACCAGAACUUCAAAAGCAUAAAACUGUGAAAGAGAGCACUAACACACACACACACACAAAAAAAAAAAAACACACUGCCAGAGAAGAGCGAUGCUCGGCAAAGGAUUGUCAAUACUUCGAACAAUAACCGAAUUAAAUCCAUGUAACAUCAAAGAAAAAAGAUGCUCAAU